CUACUCCGUGUGUGACUACCAGACGUUAAAUUGUGUAUUUUAAAAGUUUAUUUAAAUGUAACGGCGCGUUGAACACAUGUAAAAAAAAAUACGGACAUGCUGUAAUUUGGCUCUACAGGUAGUUUUUUACCCUGUUAAUUUUGUGAGAGACUUUUUUGAGAACUAACGUCCCGGGAGACAGCUCAACUUUGGGCUGGCGACCUUAUGUGGAUUUUACAGCAAAUAUGGAGCAGAUCCCCGGUGUCUCCUCGGGCAAAUCACUAGUCUUUGUCUUCUGCUUCAUUCACCUCUCCUUGGCUCUGCAGUGUAUGAAUGAUAAGGCGCCUUGUGUUAACAAUGCUACAUGUCUGACCUUCAACAAUGGCACUGAAUACUGCAGGUGUGCACCAGGGUUUCUGGGUGAGUACUGCCAACAUAAGGACCCUUGUCAUCCUGGCUUCUGCGUGAAUGGAGGGAACUGCUCUGUGUCCAUGUUAGCUGGUGUACCUGUACCAGGCAGCGCUACCUGCACCUGCCCUCUUGGUUACACUGGACAACACUGCCAAACUCCCCAGAACUCCACGUGUUACCCCAACAACCCGUGUGCCAACAAGGGUGUCUGCACCCUGCUGUCCCUCGACAAAUACAAGUGCGAGUGUGCCAGAGGAUGGACAGGACCUCAGUGUGAGCAUGAGGACAGCUGUCUCUCCAGUCCCUGUGCCAACAGUGGAGCGUGCAGUUCUCCGCUGCCUGGUAGCUACACAUGUUCCUGCCCUCCUGGCUACACAGGUCCUCGCUGCCUUAAUGACACAAAUGAAUGUGCUGCCACACCCUCUAUAUGCCAGAAUGAAGGAGUAUGCCUCAACACCCCCGGCUCCUACAAGUGUAUCUGUACACCAGGGUUUACUGGCAGACACUGUGAGAGCUCCUACAUCCCGUGCUCACCCUCACCAUGUCUAAAUGGAGGCACCUGCCACCAGAACUCUGAUAUCAGCUACUCGUGCCACUGCCUUCCAGGUUUCAACGGGACUAACUGUGAGAACAACAUCGAUGACUGCCCCGGUCAUCAGUGUGCCAAUGGAGGAACCUGUAUGGACGGAGUCAACACCUACAACUGCCAGUGCCCUCCAGAGUGGACCGGUCAGCACUGUACGGAAGAUGUGGACGAGUGUCGUCUGCAGCCGAACACUUGCCAGAAUGGCGGCACCUGCAGCAACCUGUUUGGCAGCUAUGUGUGUGUGUGCGUUAAUGGCUGGAGUGGACCCGACUGCUCUGAAAACAUCGAUGACUGUGCUACAGCUGCGUGCACCCCAGGCUCCACAUGCAUCGACCGCGUUGCGUCUUUCGUCUGUGUGUGCCCCUACGGAAAGACAGGUUUGCUUUGCCAUAGACAUGAUGCGUGUAUCAGUAACCCCUGUAGAGAAGGAUCUCAGUGUGACACCAACCCCAUCAGUGGCAUGUUCAACUGUAACUGUCCACCUGGAUAUGUAGGCAACACCUGCAACAGCGACAGAAACGAAUGCAGCAUUGGUACCAACCCUUGCGAGCAUGGUGGUCAAUGUGUGAACACUGACGGCUCCUUCACGUGUCACUGUGCUCGGGGUUAUGCUGGGCCACGCUGUGAGCAAGAUGUCAACGAGUGUGUUUCGAGCCCCUGUCAGAACGAUGGCACAUGUCUGGAUCGAAUUGGGGACUACACCUGCAUCUGCAUGCCCGGAUUUGAGGGGACUCAUUGUGAAAUAGAGAUGGAUGAGUGCCUCAGCUCGCCCUGUCUGAACCAGGGUAAAUGUCUGGACCAGGUCAGCCGCUUUGUCUGCGAAUGCCCAGCAGGCUUCAGUGGUGAAAUGUGCCAGAUAGACAUAGACGAGUGUUCCAGCACACCUUGUUUAAACGGGGCCAAGUGCAUCGACCGACCCAACGGAUAUGAUUGUGAAUGUGCUGAAGGUUUCACGGGUCUACUUUGUGAGGAGAACAUCAAUGACUGCGUGCCAGAGCCCUGCCACCAUGGUGUGUGUAAAGAUGGCAUCGCCACCUUCUCCUGUGAGUGCUAUCCUGGAUACGUAGGCUCCAUCUGUAAUAUCCAGGUCCAGGAGUGCCACAGCAACCCUUGUCAGAACCGAGGACGCUGCGUCGACCUGGUCAAUGCCUACCAGUGUAACUGCUCACCUGGAACCACAGGGGUGAACUGUGAGAUCAAUGAAGAUGACUGUUCCAGCAAUCCCUGCGAGUACGGAGAGUGCCACGAUGGAAUCAACGAGUUCAAAUGUGUCUGCGCUCCAGGAUACACAGGACUCAAAUGUGAUGCGGAGACUAACGAGUGUAUCUCAAACCCGUGUAUGAGCGGGGGAACCUGCGUGGACAGGGUCAACGGGUUUCACUGCCUGUGCCCCCCCAGCACCCACAGCCCUCUGUGCCUCUCCGGGACCGACCAUUGUGCUCCUCAGCCUUGUGUGCACGGAGAAUGUAUCGAACAGCAACACGGGUAUCAUUGUGAGUGUGUAGCCGGCUGGAUGGGACAACACUGUGAGCAGGAAAAGGAUGAGUGCCAGCCCAGUCCGUGCCAUAAUGGUGGCUCCUGUCUGGACCGACAUAAUGGCUACACCUGUAUGUGCCACCCUGGAUUCAAAGGUGGAAACUGUGAGAAGAACAUAGAUGAAUGUGCAUCCGGGCCCUGUCUGAAUCAUGGAAAUUGUAUAGAUGGAGUCAACAAUUAUGCCUGCCAGUGUAGUCCGCCAUUCACAGGUAAACACUGUGAGGUGGAACAGGUUCCCUGUGCCUCUCAUCCAUGUGAGAGGGGAGGAGUGUGUCGACCAUCUGCAGACUACACCUCUUACACCUGUCAAUGUCCUGCUGGUUGGGAAGGUACACGCUGCAGUGAAAAUGUGAAUGAAUGCAAAAUGAACCCUUGCAAAAAUGGUGGUCAUUGCAUGAACAACCAGGGCAGCUACACGUGUAAAUGUCUUCCUGGAUACAGAGGACACAACUGUCAGACAGACAUCGACGACUGCUCACCCAAUCCAUGCCUGAAUGGAGGCUCUUGUGUGGACGAUGUGGGGAGUUUCUCUUGUGACUGCCGCCCUGGUUUUGAAGGGGAGCGCUGUGAGACUGAGGUGGACGAGUGUGCCAGUCAGCCCUGCAGGAACGGGGCCAUCUGCCGGGACUACGUCAACAGCUUUGUGUGCGAGUGCCGACCAGGCUUUGAUGGAAUCUUGUGUGAACACAACAUCCUUGAAUGUACCGAGAGCUCCUGUCUGAAUAAUGGGACUUGCAUUGAUGACAUCAACCACUUCUCUUGCCGUUGCCGCCCUGGUUUUUACGGGGCAUUCUGUGAGUACGAGCAGAACGAGUGCGACUCCCAGCCUUGUAAGAACGGAGGCACCUGCAUUGAUGGCCUGGGCACCUACCGCUGCACCUGCCCCGUGCGAUACAAUGGACAGAACUGCCAGAACUUAGUGAACCUCUGCAGCCAGGUGCGCUGUCACAACGGCGGCACCUGCUCUCAGACAUCGACCACCUGGACCUGCCACUGUCAAAUAGGAUGGACCGGACUUUACUGUGACGUCCCUAACAUGACCUGCCAGGACUUUGCUGGCAGGAAUGGUCUGGAAGUUGAAAAUGUGUGUAAGAACGCCGGACGUUGCAUGGAUGUGGACAAAUCCCACCGGUGUGAAUGCCAGCCAGGAUACACGGGCAGCUACUGUGUAGAGAUGGUCGACGAGUGCCAGUCAAACCCUUGUCGCAACGGAGCUACAUGCAAGGACUAUCAGGGCACAUACGAGUGCAUAUGUAAACCAGGCUACCAGGGGGUCAACUGUGAGUAUGAUGUUGAUGAAUGCCACUCUAGGCCAUGCCUGCAUGGAGGAACCUGUAUCAACCUCAUCAACCACUUCACCUGCGCCUGCCCACCUGGAACACGUGGCCUUCAGUGUGAAGGGAACGUGGAUGACUGUGCCCCCAAGCAUGGCUCCUCUAAACCUCACUGUCUGAAUGGAGGACAGUGUCUGGACGGUGUGGGCCGUUACACAUGCUCUUGCCCUCCAGGAUUCGUAGGAGAACACUGUGAGGGGGAUCUCAAUGAAUGCCUGUCUGGGCCCUGCAAAGCCCCCGGCAGCCUCGACUGUGUGCAGCUGGUCAACGACUACCAGUGUCGCUGUCGUCUUGGAUACACGGGUCGUCAUUGUGAGUCCAUGGUGGAUCUGUGUCUGUCUAAGCCGUGCCACAACGGUGGCGUCUGCUCUAUGAACAUGAGCUCAGUACAUGGCUACACCUGCUCCUGUGUUCCCGGCUUUACUGGGUUUAACUGUGGUGAACUAGAAGGCUACAGUUGUGUAAAGCUACGUUGCCAGAAUGGUGGACGCUGUGCGGAGUCCCCAGUUGGCCACCUGUACUGCCAGUGCCAGUCAGGCUUCAGUGGACCACACUGUGAGAAUGAACAGAGGUGUCCAUGGACCUGCCAGAAUGGAGGAACCUGCAUCAAAGACCCCUCCCACCCGUACCAGUACAUCUGUCGCUGUCCAAUGUACUUCUCCGGACAAUACUGCGAGAACAAACUAGUCGUACCUCGCACUCCAACCUGCCCCUAUCUGCAGUGUGAGCAGCAUUCAGGGGAUAAAGUUUGUGACGAUCAGUGUAACAACCAUGAAUGUCAGUGGGAUGGAGGCGACUGCUCGCUCAACUGGGCGCAGCCUUGGGUUAACUGCACCGCCAGUGUUUCCUGCUGGGAUCUCUUUAAGAAUGGACGUUGUGAUAAGGAGUGCGACAACCCUGGCUGCCUCUUUGACGGCUUUGAGUGCGUGGAUACCACACCGUCCUGCAAGUAUGACAAGUACUGCGCAGACCACUUUGGGAAUGGCAUCUGUGACCAGAGCUGCCACACGGAGGCUUGUGGCUGGGACGGCCUGGACUGCUCAGCUGACAUUCCCCCUAAAGAGGUGGAUGGCACACUGGUCAUCGUGGUGCGGCUGCAGCCCAAGGAGCUGCUUGGAGACUUAAGAGGUUUCUUGCGCUCCCUGGGAGCCCUGCUGCACACCAACAUGCGUGUGAAGAUGGAUAAAAAUAAUGAGCCGAUGGUUUACCCUUACUUUGGGGAUGAGCACGGACGGCAGAUACAGAGGAGCAGAAGCAAGCGGGAGAUGGAGAGGGAGGUUAUUGGAUCUGUGGUGUACGUCGAACUCGAUAACCGUGAAUGUUACCAGAUCUCUGCCGACUGUUUCUCCAACACUAAUGAGGCUGCGUCAUUCAUUGCAGCAGCACACAUCAAGGCUGAACUGCCUUACCCUCUGGUGUCAGUUGACAGUAAACACCCGGAUCCAGACGGGCCACCGUUUCUGAUGUACCUGGUUGGAGUGGCAGUGGUUAUUAUCCUGCUUAUCCUGGUGCUGGGGAUGUUAGCAGCCAAGAGGAAGCACAAACAUGGUCACCUGUGGCUGCCUGAUGGCUUCUUGGCCAAUAAGAAUGACAAAAGAAGAGAGCCUGUCGGUCAGGAUGACUUUGACAUGAAGAAUUUUAAGGCCCAAGAUGGAGCCAUGAUUGAUGGAGGUCAGAGUCAGAGAUGGCUGGAAGACGAGGUCCCGUCCAAGAAAGCAAGAACUGAGGAAAAACCCUUGCUGCUCAUUUCUAUGGAUGGAGGUGUUGACCGAAGGGAGUGGACCCUGCAGCAUCGCAAGGCUGCCGACAUCUCCCUCACUCCCCCACAGGCCGACGUGGAUGCCGACUGUCUGGAUGUUAAUGUCAAGGGACCUGAUGGCUUCACCCCACUGAUGUUGGCGUCGCUGCGUAACGGUGGAGGCCCGGACUGCAGCCUGCACGGAGAAGAGGAGGAGGAGAGCGGAGGAGAUGAACCAGGACCGAGUGUCAUUUCAGACCUGAUCUCUCAGGGUGCUUCUUUGAUGGCUCAGACCGACCGUACAGGAGAAACGGCGCUCCACUUGGCUGCUCGCUACGCCAGGGCUGAUGCUGCUAAGAGGCUGCUGGACGCUGGAGCUGAUCCCAACGCUCAUGACAACAUGGGCAGAACUCCGCUGCAUGCUGCUGUGGCGGCUGACGCCCAGGGAGUCUUCCAGAUUUUGAUCCGAAAUCGUGCAACAGAACUGGAUUCCCGGAUGAAUGACGGCACGACUCCAUUGGUGCUGGCAGCCAGGCUCGCUGUGGAGGGCAUGGUGGAGGAGCUGAUCCACUGCCAUGCUGACAUCAAUGCUGUAGACGACCACGGCAAAUCCGCUCUGCACUGGGCAGCUGCAGUUAAUAAUGUGGAGGCCACUCUUGUGCUUUUGAAGAAUGGAGCCAACCGUGACAUGCAGGACAAUAAGGAGGAGACCCCGCUGUUUCUUGCAGCCAGAGAAGGCAGCUUUGAGGCGGCUCAGGUUCUCCUUGACCACUACUCCAACCGUGACAUCACCGAUCACCUGGAUCGGCUGCCCCGCGAUACCGCUCAAGAACGCAUGCAUCAUGACAUAGUGCGCCUGCUAGACCAGUACAAUCUGGUUCACAGCCCACACAACGGCCCUAACCACAUGGGCGGAGGAAACUCCUCGGUUAUGUGUGGGGCCAACGGAGCGGGCUACAUCGGCAUGCGCCCCGGGCCGCAGGGGAAGAAGAGCAGGAGGGGUGGAGGUGGAGCGAAGGUGGGAGGUGUUGGCGGGGGAGCUAAGGAGCUAAAAGACAUGAAGGCGAAGAGAAGAAAGAAGCCCGCCGGAGGAGAGGGGCCGGCGGUGGGUGCUGGAGUGGGAGGAGGCAGUGGAGGAGGUACAGGAGGAGGUAAUGCGAAUGGCGUCAAGGCAGCAGGCGGACUUCCAGAGAGCUCCGUCACCAUGUCACCUGUUGACUCCCUGGAAUCACCACAUUCAUACACAGGCGACGUGUCCGGUGCCGUCUCCACCACAGCAAACUCCCCUCCCCUCCUGAGCAGCCCGACCUCCAGACCGAUGCUGCCCCCCGUCAGCCACAUGCUGGGACAGCAGCAGGGCUGGGUGGGUAUGACUAAGCACAGCUACAGCGGCCACAUGUUCGGCCUCGUGCCGCACCAGAUGGGGGGAUCGCACACUGGCAUGGGCCAACACCACGGCCAGGGCCCGAUGCUGACCCCCAUGAAUGUCACCAUGAGCAGAGAGCAGCUGCCGCCCAUCGUCACGUUCCAGAUGAUGGCACCUGGAGGAGGCCAGGCCAUGCUGAAGCAGCCUCAGCCGGGGCAGGUACAGGUCACACAGUCCCAGGGACAGAACAAGAAUCAGGCUCACUCCCAGCAGGGGCCAGGCCACCACCGAUGCGCCCAGGGUAUGAUGUACCAGAUGCCUGAGCAGAUGAGCAUGGCGCACGGGCUCUCCCACGCCCUGCAGCGCCCCCACACCGUCAGCCACGGAAGCCACGGGGGGCUCGAGGGCCAGUCUCGGCCGCUGCCCUCCUAUCCACCCAUGCAGAGCCCUGUGGAUAAGUACCCUACUCCCCCCUCCCAGCACAGUUUCACCACCACCGGCUCAGAGGGCACCACCCCCGGCCACUCUGCCCACCCACCCAGCGAGCACCCAUAUCUCACCCCUUCGCCCGAGUCCCCAGACCCUUGGUCGUCCUCUUCGCCACACUCCAACUCGGACUGGUCUGACGUCACCACCAGCCCAACCCCUCUGGGGAACCCCCACCACGCACUGCCGUCUUCACACCGCACACACAUUCCAGAGCAGGUGCAGCUGCAGCCGCAGUCGCAACAGAUGCAGCAGGCCUCUCAGCAGCCUCCGCUCGGAAACAUGCAGGUGUUUGCGUAGGCCGGCCAGAGGAAAGCAUAAACAGACUGACUUGGGGGCUCCGUGUUGUUGAAUAACAACACACGGUAACUCAUACAAUGCUUUUCUCACGUCUCGUUAAUUCUCUUUUCGUUCUUCAUUAUAAUAAUCUGUCACCUCCUCUUUUAUGUUUUCUUCUCCUCUUUGCACUUAAGAAGACUGUUUGUAUAGUUUCUAAAACGUUAUUGAGUAUUAUCAGCUAGAUAUCAAAAGUUCUCAAUACCAAAACUCACGCAGUUAGCUGUCCAUCACCAGCUGAAAUCAGUUCCCACGUAGUUCCUGUGAUCCCAGCCCAGAAUCCUCUGCUCUCUGUUGGCGGAGUCAAGACUUUUCUUUUUGGCUUUUGGCACCCAAACACAAACUGUUUAUUGAGGGAUCAAGGAGGAAGUGCCAACCAGAUGGCGGCCGGCUGGUAGUGCAUCAGAAAAACAGACUGUUGAGAUGGACACUGAGACGGGGCGGAGGACGUUCUGCAUUGAUAUUGUCUGUUUUUAAAGUCAUUUCUUUCUGCUAUAUGCUAUCCUUAUGUGUUUAAUGUAAUAAGCCUGCCAAUACUAACUCGUCGUCGCAACCAUUCACUCUACUUUUUUAUUUCGAUGGCUCCCGUUCAGUCGAUGCUUUAAUUCAGCAAAACUACCUAGUUGUUGUAUUAUUGUUUUUUAUUCAUGCGUUGUUUUUUUUAAUGUGCUAAAGGGGGAAUUUUAUGAAAUGCUGUUGCAUGACUAGAAAGACAAACGUUAUUAAAUCACAGAUUAUAUAGAAAUGCACAGAGAUGCAUCUUGUUACUAAAUGGCUCUACACUUGUGCUAACAACUUAAAUGUAUUUACUGCAUUGAUGAUAGAUAUUAGUGUUUCCCAUCAAAUGUCUGAACACACAGAAGGUUCAAGCAGUUUUUACUGUCAUGCUGUAGGUGCAGUGAGACCAGUGUACGUGUUGAAGGUAGUUACUGUUACAGAAAUGCAAAAGAGUUGAUUUGAAAGCCAAAUCGGAGUCAAUGUGGACGCAGUUAUAUCGUGUCUCGCUACAGACAGUGCCACUAUAUCUCAUGUGUUGUUGAGGGAUUAAUUAAGCUUGACAAACUUUAUGCAAAAACAUACAUUAGUUUUAUUAUGUUAUAUGAUGAAAUGUACAUAGACUUACAGCACAUUCUGCUUGUUAUUACUGAGUUCGGUUUUUGCAAAGACAUGUUGACUUGUUUCUGUUUUUAUAUAUGAAUUCUGUUCGCACUUCUUGAAUGAUUCUGAAUGUUACAGAGGUGCAUGUUUUUAUCUUUAAACUGCCUCCUUGCUCAAUGUUUUCUCUUCCAAAAUCAUUUAACCAGUUUUGCCUUUUGCUUAACUACAAUCAGUGUAUCUCUGCACCUUUUUAAUUGUAAUAAUGAUUCAUAAACCAAGUCUGGAGGUGAGUAAGGCUUUUUGUCUUCCUUCUGAUCAUAGCUUUGUGUGACUGCUCUGUAAACACAGACAAUCAUUCACUGUUUUACUUUUGAAACUUCAAAAAAAAAAAAGGAACAUCAGUGUCUCUAAGACCAAAUUAUUAUAAUUUUUUCUACCAAAAAUGUUGAUGUCCAGAUUUUUCUCAGUUUGUUUCGGUCAUUUUUUUUGGAUCUGUAAAAAGACUAAAGUUAGACACACACAUCGGAAACCAAGAAAUGUUUUGGUUUGAAUUACUACUGCAAACAAAUGAUUCAUUAAUAUCCUCAGUACCUGACACGUCGGGGCCUUUUUAUCUGUCCCUAUGAUGUCCCUGCAGUUUCACAAAACACAUGUACUGUGCAUUGAGGUGUCAGUCAGCAGUUCUAUUAAGAAUUACGCAUGUCAGUUCCCGUUCAUAUGCAAGGCCAUACGUCUAUUUUCUGUAUAUAAAAUGUUUUUUUUAUUGUACUUUCCUCUGUUAACCAAUAGCCUAUAAUAUACAUGGCCUAUGAAGUAGUUGUCACCAUGUUUGUAUAAGGUAGAAGAACUAAAACUGAUGAAAAAAUACGUUGUCCUGUUGUCAAAAAACCAAAUGAUCAACCAAAUAUGCUUACUGAAAUAAAGCCCAGAUCUUCAUAGAC